GUCCCAUAUCCAUCGCUGAUGUUGAUCGACCGAGAGGAAACAUCCGAUGACCCGACAACGACAAUUCGACAUUCACAAUCGAUACUCGUUCUGCAACCAUAGCUGGCGAGCGCGACCCAGACCAUCCCUCGCCACAUGGUACCGAAGAAAGCAGGCAGCAAGCCACCAGCCUCCCCCGGCACCAAGACCAUCCUCCCUCGAUCCGACACCAGGCAGCGUGCCCUGAUCAGCAUCGAUGGACCGACAAAAGGAUGGCAACGGCGACGAAUGGCCUGGAUCCAAACGAGCAUAGGUUCGCCUCUUCAGCCGCCAAAAGAAAGAAUAUGGCCACACUGCAGCUUUCUGGUCACCCUCGAUCCGACCCAGGGACGCCGGGGCACGCCGGCGUAUGUGGUAGGACCAUGCGAGGAUGAAACCAGUCCACUGCAGUGCAGCCUGGACUCAUGGGGGCUAUAUCCGUUGUCACGAGCGGCCUCUUCCGACGCAGCUCUGGGUGUGGGUCCGGCACAUCGCGACGAACUCUCCUCGGCUCUUCGUGCAGGAGAUGCACAGCCGAUAGUGACCAUACGGGUGUCCAGGAAAGGCACCGAGGGUCCAUCUUACCAUCAUGUUGUGAUAGUAUCGAUCUCUCUUGGGCCCUCGCUCGGCCCACAGUCCCGACAUGGUCGUCGUCACGGUGCGGGCCGAAGUCAGUUCCUUUGACCUGUCGAAGCUUUGUGCAUCAUCGAUGUGAAUCUGCAGCUUGACUGGUGGUCCUGGGAGCUGGUAGUAGCCGUUCCUGAACAGCUCCUUCAUCGGGUAGUCCGGCUGGCACUGCUCUUUCAGCACGAUC